ACCGCAUCGAAUUCCAUCGCAACCGCUGAUUGAGCCUCAAUUAGCUUCGUCGGUGCAUCAAUGGCUUCAAAACUCGCACGGAGCGCCGUUGGCGCCGCACGGUUGAGACCGACGAUUCCGCUCCGCAGCAUUCCCGCCGUCACCACCCCUCUGACUUCAUCUCGAUCCAACUCGAAUGUGCCGGCGGAGGACCCCAAGAACAAGGCUCAAUCGAUCCUGAACUCGCUGCCCGGACAGAGCGUCCCAGCCAAGCUCGCGUUCCUCUCAGGCGGAACCGGUCUCUCGGUUGCCGCGAUCAGCAACGAGCUCUACGUGUUCAACGAAGAAACCAUCGUUGCCUUCAGCUUGCUCACGAUCUUUUAUGCCGUUGGAAAAUAUGUCGCCCCGAUGGCGGGUACCUAUGCCAAGGAGCAGACGAAGAAGCUAAGCGAUAUCCUGAACUCGGCACGCCAUAAUCAUACCGCUGCCGUCCAGGCGCGUAUUGCGAAUGUCAAGGAAUUGGAAGGCGUCGUUGACAUUACGAAGACACUCUUCGAGGUCUCAAAGGAAACCGCCAAACUUGAGGCUCAGGCCUACGAGCUCGAGCAGAAGACCGCCAUCGCUUCCGAAGCCAAGGCCGUCCUUGACUCUUGGGUUCGAUAUGAGGGACAAAUCAAGCAGAAGCAGCAGCGUGAGCUCGCCGAGUCGGUCAUCGCCAAGGUGGAGAAGGAUCUGGAGAACCCGAAAGUCUUGAAGCAGAUCUUGGACCAGAGCGUUGCCGACGUGGAGCGCAUUCUCGCUGUCAAGUCAUAAUUGCCCGUCUGUAUGAUACCUCAAAAGCCAUGUUGGGUGGUAGACAGAAGAUAGAUGUCGAAUUGUUCAUAGCUCCUUAAAUGUACUCUAUGGUCGUUUCGUAUAUAUGACUGAAAACUCUCGAUCUUUUGGUGACAU